AGAUACAAAAUAGUUGAACGUUUGUUUUGUCCCAAACUAGAAUAUCCAAUGUGGGGUGGGUUCAAAAUAUUGCAAUUAUAAUUAUGAAAGUUUAAAAGGAAUACAGCAAAGGUUUCUUUUGUGCAUAAAUAUCAUUAGUAAAUUAAAAAAAAAAACAAGUCCCUAACGAAGAAAAAGAAAACGUGUUUUUAGUUCUGCUUCAAUCAACAGUGCUCAAGUCAUUCACACCAAGCAAGGAUUUAAUUGGGUUGUUAAUCAAUUAAAAUGGAUAAGAUAUUUGGUGCCAAUUUAGAAUUUGUUAGGGAAGAUGAUUACGUAGAAUAUUUCGUAUUUCCUAAAUUGGAUGUUGGCCAACAAGAGCAACAACAGAGCGACGGGAUUGCAGCAGUUCGUAAACAAUUGGAAGAUACACGCACAAAAUGCCUCGAUUUGGUGGAUCGAUUGACAAAGGAACGCAAUUAUAUAUGGCACAAAGAUGAAUUUGAGUUACGUGUACGAACAUGUACCCCGCAGGAAUUAUUGCUGAACGAUGAGUCAACGUCAUCGUCGACGACAACAAAGGAACAGUCUGUGCCUUUGAGCAAAAAUCAACAAGGCCAACAGCAAAAAGAUCAAGUGCCUCCCCAUCUACAUGGCGUUACUCAUUACGGUGACAACAUAGCUGAUGAAUGGUUCAUUGUUUACUUGUUGACCAAGCUCUCGCAGGAGUUUCCCACAAUAGUUGUGCGCGUCAUAGAUGCGGAUGGCGAAUUUCUCUUAAUUGAGGCAGCGGACGUUUUACCGAAAUGGGCAAAUCCCGAUACAUGCGAGCAACGUGUCUAUAUAUGCCAGGGUUAUAUGAACUUAAUACAGAACUCUCCUGCCAAUACGACCAAGCUGUUGUCGGUCUCCGAAGCUGUGGAGAAAAUUCAAAACAACGCUACGCUUUACAAAGUUUCCCCAGAAAUACAGGAUUGUAUUGAGCAAAGAAUGAAAGAAUUCCAAAGCACCGAAAAUGCUGCGCUGCAUCAUCAAAUUGUGCGUCUUCCUCUGGGUGUGGCCAUGCUGCUAAAAAAGAAGCCCUCACUCAUAUCAGCGGCUGUUAGAUCUUUCUGUGAUCGAGAUCCCAUAGAUAUGAAGGCUUGUCGCUCCAUGAGAUAUUUUCCGCCGGAACAGCGAGUGCGAACAAACGUAUGUUUCACCAAAUGUUUGUAUGCCAUGAUUAUGCAUAGCAGCUAUUUGCCCGAUCGUAAUAUUGGCUGGAAUCUGACGGGUAAUCCCAGUUCGGAAGAAUACAAAGAAGACCUGUUGGGCAUUAAGGUGGCAUGUGGUUUUGAAAUAUUAGCAUCUCAAGCGAAAGAUCCAAAUAGUGAUGAAAAAUCUGCAGCCUGGAAAGCCUAUGUUAGAAGUUUACAAGCUAAGGGAUAUUUUAAGGAUAACAUUGAAGGCUCACUCGAAUAUCAGCGAUUGUUGCAAGAAGCCAAAUCAUAUUUUAAUGAUAAUCAAACACGCUUUCGCACAGCUCCCUUGGUGGGAAAGGAUAUAUUGGAACUGCUACGUUCAACUGAGAUAAAUGCUGAAGAACUAAGGGAUGAGGAAAAUAAUUUGAGACCCAGCGAUAGUGACGAUUGGCUUAACAUUAGUGCCGAACAAUUAGAUGCGCUGCUGCUUGAUCGUUAUGGUCCCAAGACUCUGUACAAGGCCAAUGGUGAUAUCAAAUCUGAAGAGUUUACCAAGAAUAUAUCACAAUUUUUGGAAAAGGAAUCAACUUUUGAAGGCGUUGAGAGGGAUUCGGAUGACUACAGUACCGGCGAGGAGGAAAAACAUGCUGAGGAUGAGAAACGCAAAAAAUCUGAGGCAUUCAAGGCCAAAGUCAAAAAGAAUCACUCUAUGCGCCAGGCCGUUCGCAAAAAUCCUGUCAAUUUAAAUAAAUCGAAUGCCUCAAAUGCCACCAAUUCGGAACACGAGGAAAGCUUUACGACUCAAGUUAAAAGCUUUUUGGAUUUUGUGAUUCCCGAAGAUAAAUGGGAUUCAAAUUCCGAAAUGAGCGACUACGAAGACGAAGAAGAUAUGGAACGUAAUUUUGCUGCAAUGCAUGACACUGACAAACACAUUGAUGCCGACAUCAAAGCCUAUAUGGAUCAAAUGGAUCGUGAAUUGGCCAAUACCACUAUCGGCAAAUCAUUUGAUAAAACCAAAACGAAUACCAAAGCGAAAUUGGCAACUGCCGAAGAAUUCGAUGAUAUCGAAGAUUUCGAACCCAUCAACAUAAAUGUCAACACACUGAAGAACAUGAUGGAGAGUUACAAAUCACAAGUCGGAGCCAGUGGACCGGUUUCAAACCUCUUAAGCGCCAUGGGUGCAGGAAUGUCAACAUCAGCAUCAUUGUCACAAGAAGAGACGGAUGAUUUAAAGGAGUCAUCCGUAUAAAUAUGUUGAUGUGUUGUAUGUAGAUUGGCCGUCAUGUGAUUUUUUCUCUUUCAUAUAAAGUAUUUUGCUAAGCAUUUUUUCGUGUCAAACUUACAUGAAACAAUUAAAAUAUAAACAUACACACAUGUAGGUUUUUUAAUAUACUGCAAGUCACAGUUUCAAAUACAGGGUACUUAAGUUAAUGCUCACUCACUUUCUAUGAAUAAAACUCUCUCGCUCUUAAUUUCCAUGCUA